CUGUCAUUUUUGCCUUUCUGUGCAUAGGAUAGGAAGACCGGCGCGAUGGCGAUGGCGAUGGCAUCCCUGUACCGGCGUGUCCUUCCUUCGCCGCCGGCCGUGGAGUUCGCCUCGGAGGAGGGCAAGCGGCUGUUCGCGGAGGCCCUCCAGAGCGGGACCUUGCAAGGCUUCUUCAACCUCAUCUCCUACUUCCAGACACAGUCCGAGCCGGCCUUCUGCGGCCUCGCCUCCCUCUCCGUCGUCCUCAACGCCCUCGCCAUCGACCCUGGCCGCCAGUGGAAGGGCCCCUGGAGAUGGUUCGAUGAGUCCAUGCUCGACUGCUGCGAGCCACUCGACAAGGUCAAGGAGCAGGGCAUCACCUUCGGCAAGCUCGCUUGCCUUGCCCACUGCGCGGGCGCCAAGGUCCGCUCCUUCCGCGCCGACCAGGCCACCAUCCACGACUUCCGCGACCAUCUCGUCCGCUCCGCCUCCUCCCAGGACUGCCAUCUCAUCGCCUCCUACCACAGGAAGCCUUUCCAGCAGACUGGAACCGGCCAUUUCUCCCCAAUCGGCGGCUACCAUGCUGGCCAAGACAUGGCGCUUAUCCUGGAUGUCGCUCGCUUCAAAUACCCUCCUCACUGGGUUCCACUCCCUCUUCUUUGGGAAGCCAUGAAUACAACUGAUGAGGCAACUGGACUACUCAGGGGGUUCAUGCUUAUCUCAAGGCACACUUCAGCUCCUUCAUUGCUCUACACAGUGAGUUGCAGAGAUGAAAGCUGGAAAAGCAUGGCAAAGUAUUGCAUGGAAGAUGUACCCGACCUUCUUAAGGAUGAGAAUGCAAAUAAUGUUCCAGCACUUCUGUCCCGCUUAGUGAAAUCUCUUCCUGCCAAUGCUGGAAAUUUAAUCAAAUGGGUUAUUGAAGUUAGGAGAAAAGAGGAAGGAGGAUCAGGAUUAAGCAAAGAGGAGAAAGAAAGGCUUGUUUUGAAGGAGAUGAUACUACAGCAAGUCCGUGAUACUGAGCUUUUUAGAUUACUCCGUGAACUGCAAUACACUAAGCAGCCAUGUUGUAGUUGCUCAUAUUCAAGUGACGACGACUCCUUUACCCAUAUUGCAGCCACUGUGUGCUGUCAAGGGGCUGCAUUGCUAACAGGGAAUUUUUCAUCAAAAGAUGGGUUCUGCUGCAGAGAAACUUGCUUCAAAUGUAUACAAGUGGAUGAUGAUGGGCUUAAGACUGUCGUUACAGGCACAGCGGUUUCAGGAGUCAAUGAACAAAGCAUCGAUAUGCUUUUACCGAUGUCUCCAUUGGAAACAAGCGUGUUCAAUUCAAAAUCAAGCAAUGAAGUUGUCAAAUAUCCAUCUAGAACAGACAUUUUAACUGUUCUAUUGCUGGCUUUACAUCCUAGCACAUGGAUGGGCAUUGAAGACGAGAAAUUGAAAGCCGAAUUCCAGAGUCUUGUUUCAACAGACAAUCUUCCUGACGAUCUUAAACGAGAGAUAUUGCAUCUAAGACGGCAACUCCAUUAUGUGAAGGAUUGUAAAGAGGAGACAUAUGGAGAUCCUGUGCCACAAUCCCAUUAUCAAUGAUGCUAACGUGGCAAAUCACUCAGUUGUUUACCCUGGAGAUGCAAAAAGGAUGAGACGAGGAGCAUUUUAUAUCUUUGUUUACCUAUUGGACCGGCAAUUUUGAGAAAAAUGCUGAGACGGUGUUCACCUGUGGCCGUUUAUCUUGUGAACGACAAUGUUCCUACUUUUCGAUGGUAAAAACACUUUUGUGAUGGCUUACCUUGUACACCACACCCCUUCUGAAUAAAUAUAUUCUGUGUAAUAAUUUAUUUCAUAAACUUGGUAAAGCCCAACAAAUGUAGCAGGCCUACAUGCGUACCCAUAAACUCUUGCCUAUGAAUGAUAUUAUAAUUAAUAAAG